GGGGAAAGACUUGAGCUGGGUCUGUCAGAGGGGCAAUCUCUCUAGAGUACAUUUUUGUUAUUUGUCAAACCAGACAUCUCUCCGUGAGCACACGGCCAAGACCCAGAUAACUGUGCACUGUAAUAAGAGUGUUUUUAUAAAUUAUGCAAAUACACAGCGCUUUCCUGAUGGCCAGAACAAUCUAAUUGCCGACCUUGAUCCGGGCCCUCGUUCCCUGCCCCCGCCGGGUGGCGUUUCCUGCCUGCCCCUCGGCGCGGCCUCAGGAUUACGGUGGGAUCAUGGCAGGGCUGGGCUCCGAUCCCUGGUGGAAGAAAACACUUUACUUGACCGGGGGAGCUUUGCUGGCCGCAGCUGCGUAUCUGCUCCACGAACUCCUGGUCAUUAGGAAACAGCAAGAGAUUGACUCCAAAGAUGCUAUUAUUUUGCAUCAGUUUGCAAGACCUAACAAUGGUGUCCCCAGUUUGUCUCCUUUCUGUUUGAAAAUGGAAACUUACUUAAGGAUGGCUGACUUACCCUACCAGAAUUAUUUUGGUGGAAAACUUUCUGCUCAAGGGAAAAUGCCUUGGAUUGAAUAUAAUCAUGAAAAAGUUUCUGGCACAGAAUUCAUAAUUGACUUUCUGGAAGAGAAACUUGGAGUGAAUUUAAACAAAAACCUUGGCCCUCACGAAAGAGCCAUCUCCAGAGCAGUGACCAAGAUGGUGGAGGAGCACUUCUACUGGACGUUAGCUUAUUGCCAGUGGGUGGACAAUCUCAAUGAGACCCGGAAGAUGCUCUCUCUUAGUGGUGGCGGUCCCUUCAGUAACCUGCUGAGGUGGGUCGUGUGCCACAUAACGAAAGGAAUUGUGAAGCGCGAGAUGCACGGCCACGGCAUUGGCCGCUUCUCAGAGGAAGAGAUUUACAUGCUGAUGGAGAAGGACAUGCGGUCCUUGGCAGGGCUUUUGGGUGAUAAGAAGUACAUCAUGGGCCCCAAGCUUUCUACUCUCGACGCCACUGUCUUUGGACACUUGGCACAGGCAAUGUGGACCUUACCUGGGACAAGACCUGAGCGGCUGAUCAAAGGUGAGCUGAUCAACCUUGCCAUGUACUGUGAGAGGAUAAGGAGGAAAUUCUGGCCCGAGUGGCAUCACGAUGAUGACAACACCAUCUAUGAGUCUGAGGAGAGCAGCGAAGGCAGCAAAACCCACACACCCCUGCUGGAUUUCAGCUUUUACUCAAGGACAGAGACCUUUGAAGAUGAGGGAGCAGAGAACAGUUUUUCCAGAACCCCAGAUACGGAUUUCACUGGACACUCGCUCUUUGAUUCUGACGUGGACAUGGAUGACUACACGGACCACGAACAGUGCAAGUGAUGUUCAGCCUCGCUGACCCUCUUCUGCCGGAGCUGCCACACCCUGGGGUUGGUCCAAUUGCCCAGGUAGAAAUCCAUCUCAGCUGGGAGGAGAUCUUCGUGCUUGGCACACUUCUCACAAGCUAACUGGACUCUAGCAGCCUUAUUUCUUUUUGUACAAACAAAACACAGAACCAUUCAGAUGGCUCCAUUUAAAACAAACAGGCAAAAAAAAAAAAAAAAAAGUCAGCAUGGUUCCUGAAAUCCAUUUUUGUUUUCAUUAGAAAACUAACAUUGUGUGGUAGAGCAGGUGCAAGAACAGGUUGUCUGUGGGUCGUGUUUAUGUAGAUCCUCUUCAACCCGAGGGCUUAGUUGUGAGACGGAUUCUCGAGCAUCCUUCAUCCACGUGGGUUCGAAGUAAUGAGCGAAGUCAUCAGGAGAAAUGUAGGAGACAAAUGUUCUAUGGUGGCUGCUUGUAUUUUAUGUGUGUGUAUUGUAUGUUGAGAUAAUUCAAAUAAAAUCCAUAGAUAUUCAGUGAACACCUACUAUGUGCAAAGCACUGUGCUAGGUGCUAGUCAGUAUAAGUUUUCUUCUCAGUCCUGCCAGUGACUACCUGUGUGAUUUCGGGCAAGUCCCUUAAUUCUUGUGUGCCUCAUUUCCCCCGCCUGUAAGGUGGGGCUGACAAUACUCUCCACCUACCUACCUCACAGGGGUGUUGUGAGGAUUCAUGUGGUAACAUUCGGCGCUUUAAACCUCUUGGAAGAGCUGUGACAUAAACACAGCAUUUUGGUCUUGAUUGUGCUUCCCACGUAUGAAGAAGAUUCGAGGGCAAAGGAAUUCCAUAUCCAGCCAACAACAGCCACAGUCACGCGCAAAAACCGAGCAGACGAGACACGUGCAAAGGCGCAGCUAAGACGCUGGCCUCGCUCUUCCCUGUGAUCUUGCUUGAAUCGAAAUCUUUUGUUGAAAGAACCUUGAACAUAUUUUUACAGAUCGUCAACAGCUCCAAACAGUCUUCAAUGCUGUGUAUCUGCAGAAGUCUUUCUUUCGUUGCCUGAACACACACUGGAAUGUUGGCCUUUGUUGACUCCCGAGGGUUAAGUUGCCUCUGUGUGGUUUAUCUGAGGGGAAUAAAGCUCAGGAAUAUGAUGGGUUUCAUAGAGGUGAAGGGGAAAGGAUUUGACUGCUUUUUCUAAGCAGACGCUUGCCAGCUUGUAAUGUCUUUUUGAAAACAAACCUUGCAAGAUGUAUUGAAAAGAUGAAGUAUGAAGAGGAUCAUGUUACUGGUAUCAAAGCACUUUGUGCAGUGUAGACUCUAUGCAGUUUUACUAAUGCAACUUUUCCAGUGUUCUCAGCCAUUGCCCCAUGAGAGGAAGGCAAUGCUGAAGACAAAUCUUAAUGUUUCUUAAGGAUCUCCCAUAGCCUCCCUGGGCUCCCUCUCCUUCCCCGUAGAGCACAUGGACCCUUGCGGUUACUGUAUUUACUAAGGCACUCUGUCUCUGAAGACAUCAUUUUUGUUGACUUAGAACAUUUUCCAGUGAAAUAUGGGGUGAAGAUGCCGGGGUGAUGGCCAUGCAUUUGGGCUAGGAGAGUCAGUGUUAAGAUUUAUAAGGGCAAGCAGAACUGCUUUACUCCUGAUCACCACAGACGCACUGGGCAAUGGCUAUUCAUUGUGGGACUUGAGAGGCACUGCUUUAAAGACCGCAACGUGUGCUGAGAAGUUCAUGUACUUUGCUUGAAAAAGACUCUCUUUGAAUAUGGCUUUUGCAAAAACAAUCCUAAAAUGCUGUGGAUUCAACAAAGAGGUAAAGGGGGAGAGUUGCUGAGGCUGUUUACCAUUGAAGCAACCGUGUAGGACAUAUGUAACUGGGAGGAAAUGCAGAGUUGCCCUGAGUUAGAAAUUCUUACUGCACAGGAAACCCAGCUGUUAGUAGCUUAUUAAAACCAUUCAUCUUUGAGAGGACUCUUUGGUGCCUCAUGAAAAUGUGGUGGAGAAGAUAUGAAUGGAUGAGCGUGUUUUAUCUCCAGGGUCACUUGGGAGGACUGUUCACCUCUUUUGUCUCUAACAAACAAGCAUGUUCCAAGGUCAGCUGGUGGUAGUUCUGUGUGACUAGGGAAACUGUGGGCUUGGAAAUUUGAAUACAAUAAACGGAUGGGCUGUAGACCUAGCCGCGCAAAGACCGAGUUGCCCUGUCCCUUCCCCUAGCUGGAAAGAGUUGUGUUUGAAAUUUUGCCCACAAUUUAUUCUUACUAUAUAGCACCAGGUGUGUUGUAUCUUUACUUCAGGAAUGAUUAAGUUAUGACUGUGUAGAGCCCCAUAUUUUUUUAUCCUGCAUUGCUUGGAGGGCAAGUACUGGAGAGCCAGUGUUCAUUGUAAAGUUAGUUAUUCUAUCUAGGUACCGCUCACAGGGGCUUGAAUGGACAUUACCACUUGGAGUCUUGGGUACUAGCCUGACAGGUCAUGACUGGGUAGCCACCAUUUUGUAGGUGUAACUUGAUUUGGAACCCUGGAAUAAUAUCCCCAGGUUUUACCUUUUCAGCGUGGGUUAUGGAAACAAAAUGACCAAGACAGAAUCGGUGUGGUGUUGAUGACCUGGGUAGUCUUUACUGGGAGGGCUUUAAUUUUAUCUUUUUAAUUUUAAUUUUAUCUUUCAUUCUUAAGCUCUCCAGAUUUGAAGUAUUUUCCAGUAUGGUGAACAGGUGCUACUUAUAAGAAAAAAUAAGAAAUUAGGGGACAUUUUGGUUAUCUGGUUUACUUGUUCAAGUUGUGUUUCUUUUUUACUGGAAAGUAACUUAAGGAAAGUGUGAUCAUUAACAGAUGUUCUUGGUUGGGCAGAAGACCCGCUAGCCACCUGUUCUUUAUUUUAACCUGUCAUUGUAAAAAUAAAUUCUGCCCCUCUGUCCCUCUUCCUUUGCCCCUCGUCCCCACUCCUCAGGAUUGAGGAGCAGCCGUGGUAUGAUUUAAUCUGCGUAUGACAGAGUAGAUAGAAGGGCAGUAUAAGUUUAUACCAUUCUGUUGUUGUAACAUAAUGAAUUGUGAACAGUGAUGCUCCCGAGGCCAUGGGCUACCCAGGUGACUGAUCAUAGACUUAGAACAACUUGGACUCGAAUCACAACUACCCUCUGGCUCUCCAGUGAGCCCAGCCUGUGUGUACUGUGGUAUUAGGUAUUAGGAUAUGUUUUCCUGAAAUAGAGUUCAAGGAAAGGAAGAGCUAGGGAUUUUAGCUUCCUGGGUCUUGCCUAGAUUAUCUGAGAGAAAGUGUAGAAUCAUAGCAAUGUAUAGCUGGGCCAUGGGUUAGUUGUAGAAAGCUCCUUACGAGAGAGCCUCUGAGGUUGUUAUUGGCUCCGUGUCACAUGCACAUUCAUUUGCAGGGCAGGACCCGGACUGAAGUCUUUCACCUUGCCUUAGGUGGUUCUUGCUAUUACACCACUUUGACUUGGUUUCCUUUUCCAUGUCCCCUGAGAAAUCACUUCAUGCUCGUGGAACCAGCAUGUCCCCAGCCUCUCUCAAAGAGUGCUUGGAGUCUUCCACUCUUGUCCUCCAUGUCUCUUCAGCCUGGUCCAGACCAAUUCAGAGAUCUUUUGUUAGGAUUUACUCUGUGCAAGGCACUGCUAGGCUCCAUGAAUGAUACCAAGUCACCAAGACUCAUUAUUCUUUGUUACUUAUCUUUUAAGAAUCCAUUCCCAUAUGCUCACUCAUUGCAUAUUUACUGAUCACCUACCCUGUGCCAGGCCCUGGGACCCACACUGGAUAUAGAGUGGUGAACAGAAGAGACAUGGCACCCUAAUUUUAGGGCAUCUUUUGCUUAGACUACUAUGAUAGCCUCUUUUAAAGGCUUGGUCACUUCCCUGAUCCAUUCCACCCAUCACCAUUAAUUUUUUUAAAAAGUUCUGGCCCUGAGGGGGUACCAUAUUGCCUCAGGGUGAGGGCCACUCCCUGGGGCCUGGUAUUCUCACGUCUUCCUUCAUCUCAUUUCCUGGGGUGUCUCCCAGGGCUCCUCCAUGUGAGCCAUCCAGUGCAUCCAGGUUGGUCUGCUUGCCGUUGCCUAAACAUGCCUCAUGUCCCCACUCUGCCUCUGCUUAUGCUAGCCUCUCUCCUGAGAUGCCUGCCCUUCCUGUCCACUGGCCCAACUCAUGCCGACCUCUCAAGGCCCAGCUUCAUGAGUUCUGCAAGAAGACUUCCCAGCUCAUUAUAGUCUCCCCUUCCUCUGGAAACACAGCACUCACCAUUUCCUUCCCUGAUGACUGCACGGGAAAGGUAUGCCCAAAAGCAGACCACGCACUAAAAGGUAGUGGUUUUAAAUUGAUGUCAGAGAUGCUACUGAUAAUCCUAUGAAAAUCCUCUACCUUAUUACCAGAAAAAUACAUAUAUGCAAAUAUACAAAAUGUUACAUGUAAGUUCAGAUUUAGAGACCUGAAAUCAUCCAUGGAUUCCUUAGGGGGCUCACGGACCCCAGCUGAAGAAGCCUUCUAUAUAAAGAGUCUUUAAAAGUGACCAUUGUUAGUGUUCAUUCUUUCUUGCCUUUGACCUAUUCAGAGAGGAGAAAAAUUGGUAUGGGAUGUGUGUGCAAAAGCAAUGUCUUAUUAUCCGUGUUGAGUGUGUGUUGAGUGACAGGGAAGGAAGGAAGAAGAGCUGUCUUACAUUAAUUGAGAAAAUAGCUUUGUUUUGACAGAUUUGGCAUUUUGAAACUGACAAGGUUUUAUUAAUGUUUUUGUUGGUUAUCUUUAAGCCAUCGAAAAAGUUAGUUUAUCAAAAUCAAUUCAGGGCCACGUGAGCUUCAUAUCAGCUCUCGAACCUACCACUUCCGCAUGGGUAGGCUGACCAGCUGUGGGCUUCAGGUAGGAGAGAAGAGGCUGGAAAAGAUCUGCACAAUCACAUUUUCCUGUAUUCAUCCAUUCAUUUAUUCAUUCAUAGGAUAAUUGUUGAGUGUAUUUUCAAUAAAAGGAUGGUGCCUUUGUUGAUAGGUAACUACUCAGGUUCUUCUCUGUCGUUGUCGUCGUCUUUUUUUUUUUUUUUUAACAGGGUGAAGUUAUUUUUAUUGCUCCUGACUAUGAUCCAAGAUCCUUUGCUCUCCUUUAUGUGCAGUGCUGUUUAAGUUGAACAAGAAUCGAUGAAAGUACAUUUGAUGACAAAUACUUCUAAGUCUGAAUGCUGAACUCUGGCAACCCAUCUUUAAUAGGUCCAGCCAUCAAUUAUGUAUGAUUGUGGAGUGCUUGACCUUUAUUUAGUUGCUUCCAGUGGACUGGGUGAAACUUGGCGAAAUUUGAAAGGAUCCCCUUGGUGGGUGGGGCAGGAGGUCCCAUUUGCCUGGAGCGCUCUUGCUAGUGCCAGGAGUAGAUGCAAACACAUCUUGAAUGUUUUCUUCAUUUGAAUUCCUUACCAGAAACCUGAGUUUUUAGUCCCUGACUUUAAAGAAUAUCUGAAAGAUAUUUAAGGUUCCUUAACCUUCAGGAUAAGAUGAAUGAGUAACAUAUUGACCUUGGUCUUUAGAGAUGGUUACAGAGGAAACUGAAAAUAGCUUAAAGGAAAGUGACUCAGCUCUCUUGGGGCUGACAGUGUGACCCCCUCAAGCAUUCUUGCUCUUGCCAAGGCAGGGGACUUGUCCCCAGAACACGACUCUCUGAAACUUCUGUUGCUGGCUAGAUUAUGGCAAAGUGGGAUGCUCAAAUUUCAAGAAGGUUAUUGUCCUAAAUUGUAAAACUUGUAGAUAAAUAGAGGGGCCCAUUGCAAUAAUAAACUAACUUAUGAAUGUGGUCUAGCCAGCACCAACACUGUGAUCAUUUUAGUGGGAGAGACAAGUUACCUAGAAUAAAAGAUUGGUAGAGACUUUAGUGUUCUUAUAUAAUUAAAUAAUGUCAGCAAUGAACUUGAUGGCCUUCUUAGAUUUUUAAAAAUUGUUGUUGUCCCUAAUUGCAGCUUUAAAUAUUUUGAAACAAUCCACCAGUUGUAGAACAAUAUAUAUUUAUGAUAAUGGCUAAUUUUAUAAAAAGUAGUAUUACUAAAUAUGACUAAUUCAACCCCCCCCCUUUAGCAGGCAUCUUUUUUUUUUUUUACUUUGUGGUCGGAAUAGAGUAACUCAUUUAUCAAUGAUAGUUAAACCUUUUCCUUUCUUUAGUAUUUUUAAAAACUACCUGUGGCUUUAAAAACAAUAGGAUUCAGCUCCUGAAUUGCUACGUUAAUUAGCUGUGUCUAAACAGAUAGCAGAGAGAAUACAAUUGUUCAGUGGACGGCUAGGAAAGAGAAAUUCUUUGGAUAUUUUCCCUCCUCUUAAAAAGCAAAACAAAACAGAACAGCAAUCUGUGGACUUUUCCCUUUAACAGUUGUUCAGAAUUGGAAGUGUUGUGUCCUAUUUGCUUCUGUCUCUCGAUAAGAGAUCCCAUUUGGCUUAUUCAAACACAAACCAUGUCCAAAUGAUUGUAUUUUUACUUUAAACAAAUUGUAUCUGACUUCUCUUGCAGCAAUAAGAUUAAAAACAGUGCUCAAAUUUUUGAGACAUCUCUGCUUCAGUAGGGGUGACAUGUUUGUGUUCCUCCUGUCAAAAUGAUUACCUCAAGUAAUCCAUCUCACGGGAUCAUGCUUAUUGUAAACAUGUGUUUUCCCCAGAGAUGUGCAUCAUGCAGAGUGUCUGACAACUCACACGGUGGUGAUGGUCGGGAAGAUGAGGGUCUGAAUCCUUCAUCGGGUGGUAUUAGGAUUUUGCAGAGUGGGAGGUGACAGAUGUGACGGCUUCAGGCAGCCAUGUGGUAUGGCUGUGCUAGAAUGUGUCAGGCACAUCAGAAGUUGUCUCAGUGGUGGCUUUAGUACCACAAUACAGAAUCCAGGCUCAUCAAUCAAAAACACAUGCAAUCGUAGGGAGGGGUUGCUUGUGGAUAUACAAAAGACCGGUGCAGGAAGCACUAAAGUUACAUUGAUCUUUGUCUUAAUUUAUAUGCUCAAGCUCCGGGAUUGUCUCACCUGAAGCCAAGCCUGGGAAGUAGGGGAGCAGCUGAGAGCGGAGCGCUGGCCGCCACCCCAUUUCUUUGACUCUGGAACUUCCUUCUAGUUUCUCAAAAGGGUUUGUGGCAUAUGGUUUCCAUUUUAUAAAUAUAAAAUGUACAAAAUAAUUUAUAUUUGUUUUAUAGAUGUCUUUUAAAGGAAGACACCCCAAAUGAUCUAUAUUGAGGUAGUGGUCUCCAAACCUUUGUGCUCAUUCACCCCACGGUAAAACUUUCUGAGCUUGCCCUUUAGUAUAUUUAUUUGUAAACACACACACACACACACACACACACACACACUGCUCACACUGCUUACUGAUAUGUACAUGAAAAACCACGGCAAACAUAGAAUUUUUCAAAGACUAUUCUCAAUAGAGUUUAGGGAACGGGGCAAGGUGUAUUUAAGGGCAGCACCUAGAAGGCUGCAAUCGAUUAAAGAAUGUGUAUGUAACAUUUGUGGCAAAGUGGAUGUAAAAUAGGCAUGGGCGCAUGAUCGUAGGUCAAGGAAUGUAUGUAUGUGUGUAUUUAUUUUUACUUAAAAUGGGCAUUUUUGGUUGGGGAAGAGAACAGUGAAGAAAGAGAUGUCCCCUUUACACGAGCUGUUUUUAAUUCUAUUUUUUGGGACCACUUGAUCUAGAAUGUUUUGGAAAUUUCUGAAAGAUUUCACAGUCCAUGGAUUUAAGCAAAAUAAGAAAAGAUAGGAGGGGGAAAAACAAAUAAUGCAAAUACAGGAUGUAUUGCUUGAGAAUUUCAGUACCGAUCUGAAAAGCAUGUUCCGAUAAUUCCUGGUAACCAUCAUCUCACUGAUUAUAUAUCUCUCUUCUAUUUGUUUAUAACCCCACAUCUCCAAAUGUGUGGAAGAUGCACAGAUUCAUUUUCAGAUAUCUGAGGUAGAAGGACUGAUGUUGGUAUCAUUUGAUCCCACGUUUCAGCUGCUUGGGGGCUGAUGGGUGGACACGGCCUGGAAGCAUUUACCUGCACCAUCUGUUUUGCAAACACAGUGAAUGGCAUCUUGCUGAACAAGGGCCUCAAUGUGGAGGUGGCAUUCCAGUGUUUAUUUCUGGACCUAUGAGUUACUUUAGCACAGUUAUUGUUAGUAGUUUAUAAAGCCAUAUUUAAACUUGUACACUUGAUUGUAAGAUAGAUUUGAAUUGUGUACUAUGUUGAUUACUGUAUAUAAAUGUGGAAAUUCUGUACAUUUGGUCUCAAUGCUGUAUGUAUUUGAUGUGUAAAUGAUAACUAGCAGUUAUGA